UCUCUCUCUCUCUCUCUCUCUCUCUCUCUCUCUCUCUCUUGGUUUUGUAGAAAUCGAGUGGCUCCAUCACUAAGACUUCGCAGCUCUGCAUAUUCACAAAUGUCUGUAAAGGUGGAGAGCGUCGCCAUGGACGCUGGUACACUCGACGUCGACUCCCGGCGCGUGUUGCAGCCCGCCUGCAACCGCGUGCCCACCCAAGUGCACCAGAACAACAAUCUUAAGAAGAAAUCCACCACCAAGCCACCAACUUCCCCUAAACCCCCUCAGUCCCCGUCUUCGCCCACUUCCACUCUCUCUCCUCUCUCCAAAUACCCCACCCCUCCUCGGCCCCAACACAAGCGCUCUCCCUCUCUGGAAUCCACUCCCAUUUCACCGACCUCAAAGCCCUCAAACCAUGACCAGAAGGAAGAGCACCACCCACAAUUGUUUGUUCCGAAGGCCUCUUUCGGUUUGGCAGUCGGUCGCAAGAAAUUGAGGAAUUUGGGAGACAUUGCAGAGGUGCCCGGUAGCAUCGCUGCUGCAAGGAGAGAGGAAGCCAAGCAAAUAAAGGCGCAGAGGAAGCAAAAGAUCGCGCAUUAUGGGCGAGCCAAAAAGGCCGGGGUGGCUCCUCCUGCGGUGGUUGCCGAGGCUGUUGCGGUGCAGGAACAGAGGAGGUGUAGCUUUAUUACUGCCAAUUCUGACCCUGUAUAUGUUGUUUACCAUGACGAGGAGUGGGGAGUUCCCGUCCACGAUGACAGGAUGUUAUUCGAGCUUCUAGUGCUGAGUGGAGCUCAGGUGGGCUUGGAUUGGACUACCAUGCUCAAGAAACGCGAGACCUUCAGGGCCACAUUCUGUGCGUUUGAGGCUGAAGCAGUAUCACAAUUGAGCGAGAGGCAGAUGGCUUCAAUAAGUGCUCAAUGCGGACUGGACCUCACCAAGGUUCGAGGAGCCGUCGAUAACGCCAAAGUAAUUUUACAGAUAAAAAGAGAGUUCGGGAGUUUGGAGCAGUACAUUUGGGGGUUCGUUAGCAAGAAGCCGAUCAUAACAGAGUACAAAUCGGCGAGGAAAAUCCCCGUUAAAACGUCGAAAUCAGAGAGCGUUAGCAAAGACAUGGUGAAAAGAGGGUUCAGGUCUGUGGGUCCCACCGUCAUCCACUCUUUCAUGCAAGCGGCCGGCCUCACCAAUGACCACCUCCUCUCCUGCCCACGUCACCCCCACCAUAACACACCCUCCUCCUCUUCAUAAAACCAGUGUUUCUCACUCAUCAAAUGGUGUAAUAGUAUAUAACUAUAUACAGAAGAGAGAGAGAGAGAAAGAAGAGAUAAAAAGUGCGUUUGGUUUAUAGCUGUGAUUUUGGUGAUUUUUCUAACUUAUGUAGGGGUUUUAGGGGAAGGAAACGUGCUAUGUGUGGUGUUUUUGGUGAGAUUUGGGUUUGUUUGUUGGUGAUUUAAUAGUUGGAUGAGUUGUGAUUUGAUGAGAGAGAGAGAGGGAGAGGAGAGUUUUAGAGAGAGAAAGAGGGGUAUUUUUAUUUGGUGGGGGACUGGAAGCAUGUGCUUGUUGGCAGGCAAUGCAUGUGUUGGUUGUCAGAGGGCACUAUCCCAUGUGAGCCCCCACCCUCUCUCUCUCAUCAUUCAUUCCUUUAACAGGAGGACCACCCCACCCUUUCUCUCUCUAAACCUACCCCCCCUCCUCUCUCUCUCUCUCUCUCUCUCUCUAGCUUUCGAGUCAAUAAUGAUUCUGAUGUUCUCACUUUCAUUGUACAAUGCAAUGUAACCCACAAUGUAUUCUGAUUUGCUCAUCUUUUCUCAAGGGAAGGAGAGGAAAUAUUCCAAUUCCUUCCCCCAUUCUAACUUUUUAGAGAGAGACUACCUUUUUAUCCCUUGCUUCUCUCCCUCCCAUGCCAACCAACUGGCUGGCUGGCUGGCUGGAGGAUAAGCACUCUCUUUACAUCCCUUCUUUUUGCCUCGCCCUUUUUUUACUCUUGUAAUUUCCAAAUGUGUGUUUAUUAAUGAAUGAAUUAUAAGUUUGGCUCUC